AUGAGUGUAUUCCGAUCGAAGUUCGUGUAUCCUGCUAAAGUAAACUGGUUCCCAGGUCACAUGGCUCUUGCUAGACGUCAAAUGGUGGCUCAAAUGGAUGCUGUGGACGUGUUAAUUGAAGUGCGCGAUGCUCGAAUUCCCUGGAGUUCAGCUAAUCCCGUCCUAGAGGAAGCAUUCGGUCAGUCCAAGCCUCGUCUCAUUGUCUUUAAUAAAUGCGACCUUGCGAACUCCAAUAUGCAGCAAAGAGUGGAGAAACAGUGCAAAAGUGAGCUUGGAUCGGCCACCGACUGUCUCUUCACGUCCGUGACCAAGAGCAAACGGUUGCACGCGAUCUUGCAAUGGUGCAAUCAGCACAGUCAGGCUCAGUUCAAAAGUACUGCAGGAUCUAUGGUGAUGGUAGUUGGUAUCCCCAACGUGGGCAAAUCGUCGCUUAUUAACGAGUUUCGACGUUUAUCGAGCUCGCAAAAACUAGCAAAAGGCCGAAAGAGAGCCAAUGUCGGUCCUACACCAGGAGUCACUGUCCGCAACGACAUUAUUAAGGUGAAUGACAAACCAGCGGUUUAUGUGGUAGAUACUCCCGGUGUGAUGCUGCCAAACAUCCCAUCGGCUGAGACGGGAAUGAGACUGGCACUAACGGGCGCGAUAAAGGAUGAAGUCGUGGGAACGGAGUUGAUUGCGGAUUACAUGCUAUUCUUGCUGAAUCAGAUGAAGUCAACGCGAUAUGGGGAGGCGUUACAGCUUCCAGGAGUGACGGAUAACAUUGAAGAGCUAUUUAAGAUGGUAUACAAACGUUGCGGUGCGUCGGGCAAGGAGCCUGAUGAACAAGACCGUUUGGCUGCGCAGUUUUUGCUUCAUGAAUUCCGUCGAGGAGCGUUUGGCAACUUUACACUUGACCCUGUGGAUGCGUUAUGA